AUGAACACGACGAAAUGGAGGAUUUCAAAGGCUUGUCAAGAAUGUCGCGCCAAGAAGAUCAAGUGCAAUGGGGAGACCCCCUGUCAAAACUGCAGCAUGAGAAAUCUCAGUUGCGUCUAUCGCGAAAAGGCCCGUAAUCGGACGCGCAAGGUCAAACCGCGAACUGCAGCUUAUGAGACUAUAAUGUCUCACGAUGCCAUGGAGAGCACGUCUCUGGAACCCUCUGAUGAAGGAACUGUGCCGCCAACGCCAAAUGCCGACGACACCGCAUCUGUCGGACCUACAGGAUCAGUAAUGGACAGCGAACGCAGUUUGACACAUAAUAGUGUUGCUGCGACACAUCGCGCAUCACCGUCUUGUUUUCUCCAGCUUUACUAUGGCCCCUCGUCGAAUUUUGCCCUACUCAACUCGAUCUAUCACCAAAUAGCCGGGACAUGCCCAAAUGAUCCUCCGUCACGCUCUGGAAUUGUCGAAGAAGUUGGUCCGGGUCUAGACCUAUUCAGUCAUCGGAGACUAUUCUUCGGAGAUCUGGCUGACAACCAACGGCCAUCAUCAAUACCAGACGACUGUUCAGCUAUGUUGAUUGACCCAGAUACUGCUCACCGGCUACUCGAGAGAUAUCUUCUGACCUAUUGGCACGGCCUUCCCAUCAUGAGUAAAGACCAUUACCGCCGUCGCUUGAGUGCCCUAUACCAACCACCAGGUAUCUUUGAUUAUGAUGCACCCGAGACUAUCAUCGUCAUGCUCGCUGUAGGACUGGGAGCUUCAAUGACAGGCGAAGAAGCCAUUGCAGAAUUUCUUUUCCAGAAAACCAAACAAGGAGUUGCCAAAUUGGAUGAGGUUGUGAACAUGCAGAUGCUUACACAAUCUCACGCUCACUUCCAAUCUGAAAGAGCAAGGCCAAACUCAGGUUUCUUGCAUGUCGGAACUGCAUGCAGAAAAGCAGUAGCGGCUGGCCUACAUAAGGAUGGAUGCUCACGCCCAGGAUACACGGAAGAUGAUACAAAUCAGCGAAGAAUAACUUUCUGGAGUUUAUUCUUCUGGGAAACUUGGCAAUGUUUUGUCCUUGGCCGACCUAGCUCGCUUCCUGACCCCGGUUCGAUCAUACCACUACCGAAAGGCCAAAAACUACUAAAGUCUUUGGUCACCCUAUCACGUAUCAUGGACAAGUGUGUAAAGAAAAUCUAUAGUCCUCGACAUGACUCCCUGUUGCCAGUCUGGAAUGCAGCCAUCGAGAUCCGCCGCGAACUACACCAUUUUGCAGAGCAACAACUCAAGGAUAUGAAGUUUGGUCUUGUGGGAGACCCCAGCACAGGAGAGCUCGGCGUGUGCCAAGCUAUGGUUUCAACAAUGUAUCAUCAUACACUCCUAUUAACAUUCCGCCCCUUUCUCAUCUUGCGAGCAAAGCUGAAUCACGACCGUGCUGCUGCUACUUCAGCAGAGAAUCUACAAAUGCCUCCGCCUUGGCUCGAUAGCGCUUGCGAGUAUUGCUUGGAAGCAGCGAGGAAUUCCGUUGGGUUCUUAACGGGCUCUUGUGCCACCAAUAUUCUCUGUCGUGAUAUAAAGUAUCAUGGCUUUUUUAUGGAGGGAGCAUGCUAUGCUUUGGCUUUCGAUAUGCUUCAAGAAAAGAAGACAGCUCACCGCAAUCUUCCCUGGAUUCACUCUGGUUUAAGAUGCCUUCGCUCCAUGAUGGGAUCAGCAGGAGUGAACGCCGGUCAGCUUCCAAUAACAAUCGCCUCAAUAGAGCAGAUGGUCCGAUCUGCUGGGUUUGAACUGAAAGAUCCAGUAGACACGAACCAGCAGAAGCAGCCCCCGCAGUCCACGCUCCCUGGUUCACCAGCACCUGUCUCUGUUGCGGGUGGUAUGAGGAGCGAGCCUGCGUUCACAUUCCCUUCCAUGCCAUUCGGGUUUGAUGUCACUGGUCAGAUGAAUGGGACCUCGAGCUCUCCUGCUGGCGCUGCCUCGGAAGAUAUGACAGAUUUUACAGCUGCCGAUGUUGGAUGGGAUAUUGAUUUUGGAACUAUGAAUAUGGAGGCGUUUUUAUCUCUCGACUCGGCGGAGGCUUUCAAUUUUGCCCCAUGA